UGAAAAAAAAAAUGUUUGGCUCCGGCUUCUUCUUUUUUUUUCUUCUUCUUCUUCUUCUGUAUAACCUUGAUAGUUGUUAAACCAGCCUUUUUAUCAUAUCAAUGGGAAAGACAACCACACCAGAGUUAAAAAAAUACAUGGACAAGCGUCUUUCGCUUCAAUUAAACGGAAACCGUAAGGUGACUGGUGUCCUUCGUGGUUUCGAUCCCUUCAUGAACAUUGUCUUGGAUGAAACUAUUGAAGAAAUUAGUGCGACUGAAAAGAACAACAUUGGCAUGGUGGUCAUUCGUGGUAACAGUAUUUCUAUCAUGGAAGCUCUUGAGCGUAUCUAGAUUUGUACAAAGAAAAAAAAACUUCAAAAAAAAAAAAUAUCAGCAAUAUAAAGUUUCUUACCCCCCACACCCCCACAAAAAAAAAAUAUAUACAUCAAAUAAAAUUUAUUUGUGAACACAAAAAAAU